CUCUAGGAAAAAAAAAAAAGGUUUCCCCACCUUUAUAUGACACAACUCAUGUCUGACAGAGAUCAUCUGGUCUUGCUUCACAUACCCAGCAGCAGCAGGAAAGGGACAGCAACAACAUGUACAGAUAACUUCUCUGAGGAGCUGCUGCCAAGCCACCGAUCUUUCAAACACCUGCUGAGACCCUCUGCCCCCAGCCAGGUCAGUGAGAUAUAUAUCAUGGAUGAAGGCAUAGACAACCCAGCCUUCACCUCUCUUGCUGAAGUGGGGUUGAAGCCAGUUGAUAAUGGGAAAGUAGCGGUGAAAGAGGAGCCAGCACAAGACCACCAUGCCAAAGAGGAGUUCAGAGAGGGACCCUGUGGAUGGGGAAGUUUUACACCAAGGUUCCUGCAAUGCUGUAACAAUCCCAAAGGGUAUUUAGUGAUGUACAGCCUGCUGGCGAUUAUGCAAGGUACCGCUGUCAAUGGCUUGGUAAAUGUCGUAAUUUCCACUAUUGAGAAACGUUAUGAUUUGAAUAGUUCCCUUACCGGGUUAAUCUCCGCCAGCUACGACAUUGCAUUUUGUCUUUUGUCACUUUUCGUGUCUUUUUAUGGACAAAGAGGACACAAACCAAGGUGGCUUGCCUUUUCAGCUAUAAUGAUUGGAUUGGGAGCAAUAGUUUUUUCAUUGCCUCAUUUUACUAGUGGAAGAUACGAGUUUGGGAACAAAUAUAAUGAUUUCUGUGCAGCUUCUGGAAACAGCAGUAAUACAGAGCUCUGCACUGGCAAGAAAAAAUCCUACCUAUCAAACUACCUCUACGUCUUUAUCUUGGGUCAGCUGCUAAUGGGAGUUGGAGGAACUCCUUUGUAUACACUAGGAACUGCAUUUUUUGAUGACAGCCUUCCAACACAUAAAUCCUCAUUGUACAUAGGUAUUGCAUAUGGAAUGUCUGUAGUGGGCCCUGCAGUUGGAUAUUUGAUAGGUGGACAGCUGUUGAAUAUUUACAUUGAUUUUGAAAAAGUAUCAAGUGUGCCGCUUUCGACAGAUGACCCACGAUGGCUUGGCGCAUGGUGGAUUGGAUUUUUAAUUGUAGGGCUAGUGACAUGGUUGCUGAUCGUACCUUUCUCCUGCUUUCCAAAACACUUACCAGGUACUGCAGCAAUACAAUGUCAAAGGGUUUCACAAGCCCAUGACAAUGGAAGUGAAUCUAUUGUUGAAGACAAAAAUAUUGGUAAAAGUUUCAAAGAUUUUCCGUUGGCACUUUGGCUUUUGGUGAAAAACCCUGUUCUGAUGGCUCUAACAUUUGCCAGCUGUGCCGAUGGAUUUAUCACUACUGGUUUUGCAACAUUUCUUCCCAAAUUUAUUGAAAACCAAUUUUCACUAACAUCAAGCUUUUCAGCAAUUCUAGGAGGUGGUGUACUAAUUCCAGCUGCAGCCAUUGGACAAAUUAUAGGUGGCGUAAUUGUCUCAAAAUUCAAGAUUAAAUGUAAAAAUAUUAUCCGGUACUCAAUAAUACUGUCAUUUAUAUCAGUGGCACUGACAUCAGUUUUUAUAUUUGCAAAGUGUGGGAAUGAACCAUUUGCAGGUGUCUCCGUAAGUUAUAAUGGAACGGAAAUAAAUGGUGAUCUGGUGGCCCCAUGUAAUAGCAACUGCUCCUGUGCCCGCUCAUUUUAUGAUCCAGUUUGUGGUGCUGAUGGAGUCCAGUAUUUUUCGGCAUGUUAUGCAGGAUGUCAUUCCGAAUCCUUCUCCAGCAAUAAUGAAAAGAUUUAUUCUAAUUGUUCCUGUGUUGGAAACUCAGCUGGGAAAGCAGCAGAACGUUCAUUACUUUUAAACGAGACAGAUGCUACUCAUGGAAAAUGUAAAUCCAGCUGUAAGAACCUGAUACUGUUUAUGGGGUUUUUCUUCUUAGUGGUUGUUACCACCUUUAUGACUGCAACACCUAUAACCAUGGCCAUAAUAAGGUGUGUACCCGACAAACAGCGGUCAUUUGCUCUAGGUGUGCAAUGGACACUUAUCCGAUUAUUAGGUUCUGUUCCAGGACCGAUAGUAUUUGGAGUUGUCAUAGACAGCAGUUGUAUUUUAUGGAAUGUAAAUGAAUGUGGCAGUAAGGGAGCAUGCUGGACUUACGAUAAUUCAAGUAUAUCUUACAAACUGAUCGGUAUAAGUGCAGCAAGCAAAGUCAUCACACUCAUUUUCCUAUUUGUUGCAUAUUUUAUUUAUAAACCUCCACUGAGUAAAUCUGACUCUUCACAAGACAACACCAAGAUCAUAUCCUCAGAAGCACUUUAACUGAAUAUUUCACACAAAGAAAAACAGACUAUUAUGGACAU